UAGGAUGCGAAUCAGAGUACAAACUAUGCGUCUUUUUCUCUGGACCCUCUCGUGGCUCUGCCAGUGCCUUCUUAACAAAACCCACACUUUUUUUUUUUUUUUUUUUUAGAUUUUUAUUUAGAAAACACAGCAGGGGGAGUGGCAGGCAGAGGAAGAGGGAGAAGCAGGCUCACCGUGCAGGGGGCCCGAUGCGGGGCUCGAUCCCAGGACUGUGGCUGGGAUCAUGACCUGAGCCCAAGGCAGGUGCUUAAUGACAGAGCCACCCAGGAGCCACAAAACCCAAGCUCUUGGGACCUCUCUGAGGUCCCACCGAUUCAGUACUCUGCCUCCUGGCCCUCUUGUCCCUUGCCUCCAACCACACCAGCCUCCACAUUCCCUAAUCGUGCCCAACUUCCUCUCACCUUGGGCCCUUUGCCCGUGCUGUGUCCUCCACCCGGGAUGUCCCUCCCCUAGCUCUCCUAUGAUUCUCCUUCUCCUCCUAUGGAACCCAGCCCAUCUACCCCUUCUUUGAUUCCUGCCUAGCCAUUUCACACCCCCAAAUUAUUUGAGUUGUGUGUGUCCCCAGGCCCAGAUAAGGUCCCACUACCAAGUUAGGUGUUCAGAGACACCCAGCAGGUUCGGUCGGCAGAGCACAUGACUCUGCAUUACGCAGCUGUAAGUUCGAGUCCCACGUUGAGCGGAGAGAUUACUUAAAAGAAAAAUCUUAAAAAAAAAGACAAAAACAAAAAGUGAGGUGUUCAACAAAUACCUUGAGACACAUAUAGGGGAAGAAUUUGGGGCCCCCUCUCUGCUCAGAGCCCUAAUUUUCCAUUCAGGACAGGCAGGUAGUAGGAAGCAACUGCCAUGACUGUCAGCGCUGAUCUAGGCCCUGCCCCCCAUGUUGGGUCAGCCUUCUAGAACCCCCUUCCCCCAGGAGCUGAUAGGGAUUGGCUGGAACUUGGCUGUGAGUCACAAAGCCAUUGUGGCACCAGGGCCCCAAGGCUGGCCAUUCGGGCUGGUGGGUUCAGCUUCAGGGGCAGAGCCAGCCAAGGGCAGUGUUGCUGCAUGUUGCAUAGGAUGAAGGGCUGAAUGAAGGCUGCAUCCUCUUGCAAGCUGGCCUCUGAGAUUGUACCUUCUCCUCCUGCUCCUCCUCCAACUCUAUGGCCCUCCAAGAGCUGACUCGCCCAGAAACCAAGACAAUGCAGGAAGCAGCACAGCUACCGUCGUCAACCGAUAGGCAGAACGUCUACCAGCCCCAGUCUGUCUCCAGUCUCCAAGACAAAGCAGGGACACUGAGUCCGCAGCUUCAGCAUGAGCCAGUUGAGUCCAGGGAGACCCUUCUGCAACAGCAUGACAAGGAUGUGACGGUACCUCGUCACAUCCCACGUCUGCGGGCUGUGGUUGAGAGCCAGGCCUUCAAGAAUGUGCUGGUGGACGAGAUGGACAUGAUGCUGUCCCGGGCGGCCACCCUCAUCCAAGCCAACUGGAGGGGCUACCGGCUCCGGCAGAAGCUCAUCUCCCAGAUGAAGGCAGCAAAGGCCAUCCAGGAGGCCUGGCGACGCUUCAACACCAGGCGACUCCUCCAUUCUGGCAAGACCGUGGAAAAGAAAGUGAGUGUAGAUGAGGGCGACAUCCCUUACCACGCCCCCCAGCAGGUGCGGUUCCAGCCUCCAGGAGAGGUCAAGCCUCCCGUGGCCCAGCCGGUCAUGGUGAGCAAGGAGACCCAGUUCCCUUCCUCCGACAACCUGGACACCUGCACCCACCAGCUGGCCCUGCUCCAGGCCCAGGGUGGUCCCCAGCCUGGCAUGCAGGCACCUGGCUCCACUGGGGGACCCAGCGUCACCUUCCUGCCCCACCAGACCAUUGCCAUCAGACUGCCAUGUCCAGUGAAUCUAGACGCAAAGUGCCACCCGUGCCUGAUGACGAGAACUGUCAGAAAUGCUUGCCUUGUCCAUGUAGAAGGGGACAUGGUGAAGACCAAGCAAGUAACCACCAGAGCCAACAAGGCAGGAGCCCCGGGGCCGCCCCCAUGUGGGAGGUAUGCCCAGGCAGUUCACGGGUCCCUCAAGAACCAGACCCAGGGCCACGUGGAGACAGAGGUCCUCAAAGCCCCACCCCAGACAGGCCCAGCCCUUGUGAUAAAUAAGACCGCGCCCCAGAUGUAUCCGGUGACCACGAUGACCAAGACCCCGCCCCAGCCAUGCGCGGCGCCCAUGGUGACAAUAGCCAAGACCCCACCCCAGGUAUACCCAGCGGCCCGGAUGACCAAAACCCCAACCCAGAUGAACCCAGCGGCUGCCAUGACCAAGACCCCACCCCACCCGUAUCCUGCUGUUGCGAUGCCCAAAAGCCCACUCCAGUCGUGCCUGGCGGCCAUGAUGAGCAAGACCCUGCCGCCGCCGUGUUCUGCGCCCACAGUAACGAUAACCAAGGCCCCACCCCAGACUUACCCGGUGGCCCCAAUGGCCAAGAGCCCACCCCAGACGUGCCCGGUGGCUCCGAUAGCCAAGGCUUCACCCCAGACAUCCCAGCCAGCCACCACGAUCAAGACCCCACUUCAGUCUGGCCUGGGGGGCAUGGCGAACAAGACCCCAACCCAGCCAUGCCCAGUAGCCCCGAUGUCCAAGACCCCCACCCAGAUGCGACCCACAGCCUCAAUGACCAAUGCUUCACCCCAGACACGACCAGCAGCCAUGAUGGCCAAGAUCUCACCACAGAUAUGCCUUUUGGCCUCUAUGAUCAAGCCCCAAACCCAGACACGGCCCAUGGCCACCAUGGGUAAGGCUCCACCCCAGACGUGCCCAGUGCCCACCAUGGCCAAGACUCCGGCCCAGAUGCGCCCGGCAGCCCCGAUGACCAAGACCCCACUGCAGACAUGUCCAGCCACUGCCAUGGCCAAGACUCCAUCUCAGAUGCUCCCGGGGACCUCCGUGACCAAGACCCCUCCCCAGACGCGUCUGGCAGCCAUGGUCACCAAAACCCCAGCCCAAUUUCGCUCCAUGGCCGCCAUCCUCAAGACCCUGUGCCUGCCACCUUCAGCAGCUGGAAAUCUGAAGUCUUCUCCUCCGGCAACUGUGGCAUCUGGGAUUCCCAACGCCUCAUCCCGCACGUGUCUGAACGGACCAAAGGCCAAGGCUAUGGUGAACGCCAAGCAGACCGCCGGGAUGGUCCGGGUCUCUUCUCACUCCUACCUGGCUGAGGGAAAGGUCAAAUACUUUAACGCACCACAUCUGGGGGCUGGGACCCCAAAGGCUCCAGCCAGGCCUCCUUUGGAAGCUGAAAGAAUGAAGGCCUUUUCCCAGAAGCAGGUGAAAAUGGAAACAGUGUCCAGUUCCAAUGUGGCCAUCGAAAUGUCCCAGGCAUCCCCCUGGGUGAAAACGGCCGAGGACAGGAACAAGCCCCUGUUACAGACAUGCCCGAGGGCAGAUGUGGUGAAGGUUCAGUCCCAGGUGUACGUGCCCAUGGAAACGGCCGUGGUCCUGCCCCGGGCACAGCUGGCCCCAUGUCCGACCAAGGUCCCACCCCAGACACAUCUGGAGACCUGUCUGGCCAAAGGGCUGCCCCAGGAGCAGCUGGCCACCUGUAGGACCACAGCCUCGUCCCAGGAGCAGCUGCUGGCCGAACUGACAGCAGCUCUGCCCCAGGCACACCCGGGCACGUGUCUGUCCAAGACCCUGUCCCAGGCCCAUCCGUCCACCAAGCUGACCCCAACUCAGGCUCAGGCGCACCCGGGCACGUGUCUGUCCAAGGCCCUGUCCCAGGCCCAUUCGCCCGCCAAGCUAACCAAGACCCCGUCCUUUGCACAUCUGGGCACGUGUCUGACCAAGGUGCAGUCCCGGGCACAUCUGGCCAGCAGAGUGAUAAAGGUCCAGUCCAAAGCACAUCUGUCCACCGAGCUGACCAAGGCGCAGUCCCAGGCCCAGCUGGUCACAGAAACAGCCAAGUGCCUCUACACAGCCCAGCACUCGGCUGAACUCAGCGGCAAGACCCAGUCGCAGCCACUCCUGGCCGGGUUCAAGGUCUCCACUCAGCCCUGCAAGCAUACUGGUGCCCUUGGCAAUCUGCCCCGAGCCAAGCCAGAGGACAGACUGACCCAGAUCCAGCCCCGCAGCUAUGUGCAGGGCAAAGGCACCCAGGGCCCAAGCCAAGGGCCCUGCGAGACCAAGAGCAUGCUGGUGCCUCUGGCGGCCUCUGCUGGACACCCCACCUGUAAUGUUGAAUCCUGGGGUGACAGUGGGGCUACCCGGGCCCAGUCACCGAUGCCUGGCCCAGCCACACCCUGUCCAGAAGAGCUGGCUGCCUCCCAGCUCGCCUCCCUGUGCGCCGAGCUGGCCGCUGAGCUGGGAUCCCAGGAGGACCUCCGCACCCUAUUGACCAAAGCCCUCUCCCAGGGGCAAGUGAGGGCAGCCCUGAACCAGGCCCUGUCCAAGAAAGCCCUGGGCUCCACGAUGGCCAAGGCCCUGCCCCAGGGCAAGCUGGGAACGGCGCUGAUGAAAGUGCUCUCCUGGGGCGAGCUGGGCCUUGCGUUGUCCCGCACCCUCUCCCCUGGUGAGCUGCGGGCAGAACUCACCAAGGCCAAGCAGGGUAAGCUGGCGGAUGUGCUCAGCAAGGCCCUGACAGAGGAGGAGUGGGCCGCUCUGAGCCAGGCCCUGUGUCAGGGGGAGCUGGGUGCUGUCCUCAGCCAGUCUUUGUCUCAGGCAGCCCUGAGGACUGGCGUCGUCCUCCCCAAGGCAGCCUCGAAAACAGCAGGAAGCAGGAUGUCUGUGAUUCCGGCCCCCGUGGAGGUGGACUGCAGGGGGAACCCAGCGGCCGCAUGGGGGUCCGCCGUAGGCCCCGUGAGACCACAGCCCAGCAAGGUCAGGGUUCCCCAGGACGGGGCCUGGGAGGGCUUCUUCACAGGCUGGCCUGCCGGCUUCUUGGAAGAGAUGGGGGAUGGGGCCAUGCUCGGGGGGUCACCCUGCUCGCCGGUGGUCUCUGUGGGUGCCUCCUUGGCCAGUAGAGUGAUCUCUGCCAUUCAUCAGCAUCCCCUGAUCGCUGCCCUGGACCCCAGCAGGGGCGGCGGCUCAGACCUACAUCUGAACCCUGCGGUCAGUGAGGAAAACGUACGCCUGCCCCCAAGGGCCAGUGAAUUAGCAUCAGAUCUCAACCCCGUGGAGAGUGACAAGGGCCCCAGCUUACCUAAGCCACCCCACCUGCAGCCGCCCUCCAGUCUGUGGCAGCCGCUUAUUGCCAAUGGUGUGGGCCCAAGCACCAGCCAGCAGUCGGUGGUGGCUGGGGGCACAGCCCCGAGCUCCCAUAGUCCACAUGCGGUCAGCAGGGUGACCCCGCGUCUGUGGGUGUCGUCAGGGGAGGGCCGGGCGGCCUCGGGUGCGCGCGUUGGGGCGGCGGGUAGGGGGAGCACUGCACACUCCCACCAGUGCGCCGCUGCCUAUGGGGGAUCUGUUUGUUGGUGUCAGUACCCCGGGGUCAACAAGGUGCCCUCCAGCAUGUACCGAGCUUCAACCAAAGCUCGACGACAGCCAUCUGUGCUCCAAGAGGAGACCAUGCAGAAAACUCAGUCCCCAAAUCACAAACGGGCCUCCGUAGACACUAGGGAGAGGAUCAACAAGGCCACCCCGGGUGUACUGAGGGGUGCCAGUGGGAGCAAAGUGUCCCUAAGCCAACCCCAGACUCUCAAGACCGGUGACACAACCCUGGGUCUCUUGCCUAAUUCCAUGGCUCCUGGUCAUCGCUGGGCACUCAAGACUCAGGUGGAGGCCGGCAUGUUCCCAGCCUCCCCAGGGAGCAGGUCGGCACGCACCCUUUCCCGCACAGCCAUCCCCAGGCAGGAGAGGACUCGAACCCUGGGUACCAGUGCCGGGGUGCGCUGUGCUCCGGAGCAAGGGACUGGCCAUAUACUCAAUGAAGUGGCCAGUUUGGCCCAGAGUCCCGACAAUGACAUGGCUGGAAGCCUCUCCCAGGGCUCCACAGACUAUGGCCCAAAUGUGAGUAAUUCCCAGAGUUCGUUGCCUAGCGGCAGCUCACCCAGCCCCUCCACUAUGUCUGUGGCCAGUCUGACGGCCGGGGACCUGGUGGAGGAGGAGUCCUGGGAGGCCAGCUUCGACACCGUCCUCUCUGGUGAGGCUGUGGGGAGUCCCCAGCGGCCUAGAGGCAGGGAAAAAACCAAGAGAGGAGCCCGGGGACAUAGGUCUCCAAACCCCUACCCCCAGCCCUCUGCAGGCUCAGAGCUGAUACCCAUUCUGCACCAUAGUUCAGUGUCUGGCCGCAUGACCUUGAGUGUCCACUGGGGCUCAGAUGAUCAGGAGGAGAGGGAUGAGUCCUCAGGCCAAAGCUCCAUGGGUCUGACAGAAACAUUGCCCCAGAAAUCCUACAGGAUGGGACUGACCAAAAGUUUGUCCUUGGAUAAUGUGGUCCCCACCAUGUAUCAGCAGCCAUCUGCGGCCUCCAGGCUGACCUCAAGCCUAUCCCAGCCACUGGUAGUCAGUAAGGUGGCCCCAAACCCAGGCCAGCCAUCUGUGGUCAGUAAGGUCACCACCAGCCCAUCUGAAUUAUCGAUGGCUAGUAAGGUCAUCCCCAGCCUAACUGAGCCAUCUGUGUGUAGUACAGUGAAUCUCGGCCUGGACCAGAAAUCCUGGACUAGUCAGAUGAACCCCAGCCUCGCCCAGCCAUAUAUGACCGGUGGGGUAGCCACAAACCUAGUCCAGCCAUCUGUGACCGGUGAGGUAGCUCCCAGCCUAGCCCAGCCAUCAGGGACCCAUGGGUUAGCCCCCAACCUAGCCCAGACAUCUAUGACCAGUGCUUUAGCCCCCAGCCUAACCCAGCCACCUGUGACUGGUAGGGUAGCUCCCAGUCUAGCCCAGGCCUCUGUGACCAGUGGGGUGGCUCCCAGCCUAGCAUGGGGAUCUGUGACUGGUGGGGUGGCCCCCAGCCUAGCCCAGGCAUCUAUGACUGAUGGGGUGGCCCCUAGCCUAGCCCGGCCAUCUGUGACCAGUGGGGUAGCCUCCAGCCUAGCCCAGGCAUCUCUGACUGGUGUGGUGGCCCCCAGCCUAGCACGAGCAUCGGUGACCAGUGGGGUGACCCCCAGCCUAGCACGGGCAUCUGUGACAGGUGGGGUAGCCCCCAGCCUAGCCCAGGCAUCCAUGACCAGUGGGGUGGCCCCUAGCCUAGCCAGGCCAUCUGUGACAGGUGGGGUGGCCCCCAGCUUAGCCCAGGCAUCCAUGACCAGUGGGGUGGCCCCCAGCCUAGCCCGGCCAUCUGUGACAGGUGGGGUGGCCCCCAGCCUACCCCAGGCAUCUAUGACUGGUGUGGUGGCCCCUAGUCUAGCCCGGCUAUCUGUGACCAGUGGGGUGGCCCCCAGCAUAGCACGGGCAUCUAUGACCAGUGGGGUGGCCUCCAACCUGGCCCAGGCAUCUGUGACCGGUGGGGUGGCCCCUAGCCUAGCCCGGCUAUCAGUGACCAGUGGGGUGGCCCCCAGCCUAGCCCAGCCACCUGUGACCAGUGUGGUGGCCCCCAGCCUAGAUCAGGCAUCUAUGACCAGUGGGGUGGUCCCCAGCCUAGCACGGGUAUCUGUGACCAGUGGAGUUGCCCCCAGCCUAGCCUGGCCAUCUGUAACAGGUGGGGUGGCCCCAAGUCUAGCCCAGGCAUCUAUGACCGGUGGGAUCUCCCCCAGCCUAGCCCAGGCAUCUAUGACGGGUGGGGUGGCCCCCAGCCUAGCCCAGGCAUCUAUGACCGGUGGGGUGGCCCCCAGCCGAGCCCAGACAUCUAUGACCGGUGGGGUGGAUCCCAGCCUAGCCCGGCCAUCAGUGACCAUUGUGGUGUCCCCCAGCCUAGCCCAGGCAUCUAUGACCGGUGGGGUGUCCCCCAGCCUAGCCCAGGCAUCUAUGACCGGUAGGGUGGCCCCUAGCCGAGCCCAGACAUCUAUGACCGGUGGGGUGGUUCCCAGCCUAGCCCGGCCAUCAGUGACCAGUGUGGUGUCCCCUAGCCUAGCCCAAGCAUCUGUGACCGGUGGGGUGUCCCCCAGCCUAGCCCAGGCAUCUGUGACCGGUGGGGUGUCCCCCAGCCUAGCCCAGGCAUCUAUGACCGGUGGGGUGGCCCCAAGUCUAGCCCAGGCAUCUAUGACCGGUGGGGUGUCCCCCAGCCUAGCCCAGGCAUCUAUGACCGGUAGGGUGGCCCCUAGCCGAGCCCAGACAUCUAUGACCGGUGGGGUGGUUCCCAGCCUAGCCCGGCCAUCAGUGACCAGUGUGGUGUCCCCCAGCCUAGCCCAAGCAUCUGUGACUGGUGAGGUGGCCCCCAGCCUAGCCCAGGCGUCUAUGACCGGUGGGGUGUCCCCCAGCCUAGCCCAGGCAUCUGUGACUGGUAGGGUGUCCCCCAGCCUAGCCCAGGCAUCUAUGACCGGUGGGGUGGCCCCCAGCCUAGCCCAGGCAUCUAUGACUGGUGGGGUGUCCCCCAGCCUGGCUCGGACAUCUGUGACCAUUGGGGUGGCCCCCAGCCUAGUCCAGGCAUCUAUGACCAGUGGGGUGUCCCCCAGCCUAGCCCAGGUGUCUGUGACUGGUGGGGUGGCCCCCAGCCUAGCCCAGGCAUCUAUGACCGGUAGGGUGUCCCCCAGCCUAGCCCAGGUGUCUGUGACCGGUGGGGUGGUUCCCAGCCUAGCCCGGCCAUCAGUGACCAGUGUGGUGUCCCCCAACCUAGCCCAGGCAUCUAUGACCGGUGGGGUGUCCCCCAGCCUAGCCCAGGCAUCUGUGAUCGGUAGGGUGUCCCCCAACCUAGCCCAGGCAUCUAUGACCGGUGGGGUGUCCCCCAGCCUAGCCCAGGCAUCUGUGACCCGUGGGGUGUCCCCCAACCUAGUCCAGGCAUCUAUGACCGGUGGGGUGGCCCCCAGCCUAGCCCAGGCGUCUAUGACCGGUGGGGUGUCCCCCAGCCUAGCCCAGGCAUCUGUGACUGGUAGGGUGUCCCCCAGCCUAGCCCAGGCAUCUAUGACCGGUGGGGUGGCCCCCAGCCUAGCCCAGGCAUCUAUGACUGGUGGGGUGUCCCCCAGCCUGGCUCGGACAUCUGUGACCAUUGGGGUGGCCCCCAGCCUAGCCCAGGCAUCUAUGACCAGUGGGGUGGCCCCCAGCCUAGCCCAGGCAUCUAUGACCGGUGGAGUGGCUCCCAGCUUGGCUCAGACAUCUGUGACCGGUGGGGUGGCCCCUGGCCUAGCCCAGGCAUCUGUGACCGGUGGGGUGGUUCCCAGCCUACCCCGGUCAUCGGUGACCAGUAGGGUGUCCCCCAGCCUAGCCCAGGCAUCUAUGACCCAUGGGGUAGUCCCCAGCCUAGUCCAGGCAUCUAUGACCGGUGGGCUGGCCCCUCGCUUAGCCCGGCCAUCAGUGACCAAUGUGGUGUCCCCCAGCCUAGCCCAGGCAUCUAUGACUGGUGGGGUGUCCCCCAGCCUGGCUCGGACAUCUGUGACCAGUGGGGUAGUUCCCAGCCUAGCCCGGUCAUUGGUGACCAGUGGGGUGGCCCCCAGCCUAACCCAGGCAUCUGUGACCGGUGGGGUGGCCCCCAGCCUAACCCAGGCAUCUGUGACCGGUAGGGUGUCCCCCAGCCUAGCCCAGGCAUCUGUGACCGGUGGGGUGGCCCCCAGACUUGCCCAGCCAUCCGUGUCCAGUGGGGUAACACCCAGCCUAGCUAAGCCAUGUGUGGCCGAUGCGAUGACCCCCAGCUUAACUAAGCCAUCUAUGACUGAUGGGGAGGGUCCCACUAUAGCGCAGCCAUCAGUGACUGGUGGGGUGACCCCCAGCCUAGCCCAAGCACCAGUGGCCUGUGCAGUGGCCCCCAGCCUACACCAGCCAUCAGUGACCAGUGGAGAGGCUCCCAGCCUAGGCCAGUCAUCAGUGGCCUGUGUGGUGGCUCCCAGCCUAGCCCCACCAUCAGGGCCUUCUGUGGUGGUCUCUAGCCUAGGCCCGCCACCUAUGACCAGUGGGGUGGCCCCGAGCCUAGCCCAGUCCUUUGUGGCCAAUCGGGGGCCCCUCAGCCUCUUCCAGCCAUCGGUAAUUGCUGGUACCAAUUGUGCAGCUGGUCAAUCAGGUUGGGCCCCUAAGGUGGGUUCAAAUCUACCCUCAAGGGUGAGUGCAGUGGCCCCCAUUCUGGGUCAUCCGUCAUUGGUCACUGAAGUCCCUUUGAGUUCAUCAUAUUCUUAUGCUGCUAGCAGCACGAGCCGAGACCUGAGCCAGUCACCUGUGGCCACCAGCAUGGCCCCCUGUCAGGAUCCCGUAAUGGUUGAUGGGGUAGCCCCGAACCCCCAGGCCCAUGAGUUCAGCCAGGUGUCGCUAACGUUUCAUCAGCCACUCAGAGUCAGCAGGGGGCACCCAAGCAUCACUGAACAUUCUGCUCUCCCUCUCUCAGCCCCAAAUCUCUUCCAGGCAUCUGGGGCUAGUGGCGAGGACUCUUGUCUAGACCAGGGAACCAAUCCAUGUCCUGGGUCUCUGUUCCCGGGUGUGCCUACAGGCAUCGGUCUGGGCACUAUGGCUGCUGGCAUGUUCCCAAAUAUGUCUCGAGGGACCCUGGCUGCUGGUAUGUUCCUGAGUAUGUCUCCAGGGUCUCUGUCUCCGGGCACGACAGGGAGUGUGUGCCAGAGAAGUGUGGCGCCUGGUAUGGGCCCAAACCAGUUUCAGGAGGCCCGUGGCGUGGAUCCCCGUGCAUCUCUGGCCUCUGGGGCAGGUGCCCCUUUGAUUCAUGAGCAAGCCUCAGAGGUGGGCCCUGGUUUCUCUCGGGCUUCAGUGCCCAACAGACUGGGUACGAGUCCAAUCAAGUUUUCUCAGGCCGACGCAGGCCCUAGCAUGUCUCAGGUCAAUGUUGAUCUUCCAAUAUCUUUGAACCAGCAGCAUCCUUCUGUGGCCACAAUCGUGGCACCCGGUUAUGAACAAGCAAAAGAUUUCAAUCAGGAGCCCGUAGUGGACACAGCUAGUGGCCUGGUACCAGGUUCUGUACCCAGUAGGAUGACCACAGCCAUGGCCCCAGGUACCGUGGCCAGUGGUACGGCCCCCAGCCUUGCCCCAGGGUCUGUGAUCCGGGGCGUGGGCCAGAGCCUGCCUCCGGGGUCUGUGAUCAAUGGUGUGCCUCCCCACCUUCCGCCUGGUUUUGUGGUCAGUGGUGUGCCUCAGAACCUUCCCGAAGGGUCUGUGAUCUAUGGUAUCAGCCACAGCCUUCCCCCAGGAUCUGUGAUCAGCGGCAUGGGCCAGGGUCUUCCUCCAGAUCCCGUGGCCAGUGCUGUGGCCCAGAACUUUCCUCCAGUUUCUGUGGCUAGUGGGAUGCCCCCUAGUCUGAUUGCAACAUCUGGGGCUGGAGGGAAGGGACAAAGCUUUGUAAGACCCUCAUUUAGUUUGACUGUUCCAAACCUGAUCUCGGGUUCAGCGGCGGGUGGCAUGGUCCCGGGUGUAUCUGCCAGGCCUGUGACCUCUAGUGUGGUUCCAGCCAUAGAUUCUGGGGAACUGAAUCAGGGCCUGAUUCUGGAGUCCACGGAUAAUGUAGCUGGCCUGCCAUCCACAGUGGGAAAUGUGGCCCAGAGCCUUCCCCAGGGGUCCAUGUUGAUCGGGAUCACUCCCCGUCCUUACCAUGGAGCCCCGGCUAGGGAAGGGUCUACAGCCCCCUUCCAGGGAUCCCAUGUCACUGGCCUGGCUCAGCUGCAUCCCCAGGCCUUGGAAGCUAGCAGCAUAACCAGGAGAGUACACCGGGCGCCCACGGUUCUACAAAGGGCCACCCAGUUGAGCCACGCUCUUGAGAUGAUGUCAUUUGAGACCACAGAUGACCAGGUCAUGAGGAAGCCAGACAACCUGAGCCAGGCUGUGUCCCGGGCGUCCGUAUCCAGUGCGGAGUCCAUGGUCCUUGAUGCAACUCCAUGGAUGCCCCAGAAUCCCCCGUCAGCUGACGUCAGCCACAGCCACAGCCACAGCCAGCAAUUCUUUCCCGAUGUCCAAAGGCCGUUGUUGGAGAUGGUUCCCAGCCAGACCAAGUCUCUGACCAGUGGCAUGGCUCCUGUCCCGCCCCAGUCCCUGAGUUUUGCCAAGCCCUCGAUGGCUGGGAACACCACCCCAACUCUGCUGCCGAGGUCAGCUACCAGCUGGGGGGCUCCCAGUUCCCACUUUGUGACUGCUAGCACAGCUUCCAGUGUGCACAGGGAGUCUGUCAAGGCUGUUGGGGCCCCCUUGGCUCGACGGGCAUCGGUGGCUCACAUUGUGCCCCAGAGUCCCUCGGUGACUCACGUGGUGCCUCAGGGCCAUCCCCACAAGAUGGGGGCUUCUCCCGUAGCCUCAGCAUCCCCCAAGCUGGCCCAAAGCCGUUCUAGGACCUUCAGUGUUCACCCAGGGUCUGUAGUGGGGGUGGGGACCCCAACCACUUCCCAGAAGUCCGGGACCACCUACAAGGCCUCUCAGGUGCUGUAUCCACCCACGGCUGGUGGGGUGGGAUCUGAUGGCUUCCAGGUAGACGCGGUCCCCAGGGCCCACAAGAAGCCAGCACCUGAGGACCUGGCUCAGAGCAGCCACAAAUCUCUUGGCUCCAGAAAAUCCUAUAGGUCAGUGCAUGAUUAUCUUGUCUCAGACAUGCUAGACAGUAAUGUUGCCAGGGUGGUGCCCUUGUACGACGUGCAGGAGCAGGUCCCCAGGUCCUCUCAGGAGAGUCCCGGGCACGCUGAGAGCACCCCACCAGCCGUUACACCCAUCAUCCGCACCAUGGAUAUGGCCCCCAAUGUGGCUGCCCCUAGGCUGCACCCGGGGUUUCGGAGGGUGUCUCUGGGCUAUGAGUCUUCACCUGACGGUUCCCGGAGGCCCCUUUUUACCCCGGAGUCAACGCCGGGCUCCUGGGAUUUCCAGAGCGCUGUGGUUCCCUCAGGCUUUCGGAGGGUGUCCCUGACUCCCACUGUACUCCAGGGCCCUGUGGACGCUGGCAUAGCUGGUGGCCAAGCGUGGAACUCUGCCGCCGUCCCCAGUGGAGCGGCCGGGCCCACGACCAGCACCGUGGCCCCUGACAGCGCAUGGGAUCUGGCCAGGGCUUCAGAACCCUGGGACACCGUGGGCAGAGAGGCAGCAGUGGACUCCAAACAGUCGGGGGAACAGGUGGCGUCGCUGCAGGCUGUGGAGAAGGUCGUCACCCGUGCCGUGGUCACCAUCCAGGCAUGCGCCCGCGGCUACCUCGUGCGCCGAACCAUCAGGGUGUGGCACCAGUGGGCUGUCAUCAUCCAGGCCGCCUGGCGCGGCUACCGUGUGCGGCGGGACUUGGCCCGGCUCUCUCAAGCGGCCACCACCAUCCAGGCCACAUGGCGAGGCUUCCGCGCCCGCCAGAUAGAGACCCAGCAGCAGUUGGUCCCUGGUGUAUGGACCAAGGCGGAUGACAGGACCAAGUCCACAUCAGACCACCGCUGUUUCCAGUCCUGCCAGCCGCGCAUCUGUCCCUUCUGCCAGUCCCUGAGCCCCAGCCUGGGGAGCCCGCCCAGCGUGGUGAUGCUUGUGGGCUCCAGCCCCCGCACCUGCCACAUGUGUGGCCACACCCUGCCCACUCGGGUGGUGCACGGCAUGGGUCGGGGCUCCAGGGUCCAGGCCAGCAUGCCAGGGGGCUGUGACUCCCCGAUGGCCUCCCAGAGCUCCCAACAGUCCCAUCUCCAGAAUAAGGCAGCCACGACCAUCCAGUCAGCCUGGAGGGGCUUUGCCGUGCGCCGCCAGCUGAGGCAGCAGCAGAUGGCCGCGAAGAUGCUUCAGGCCAACUGGCGCGGCCACCACACCCGGGUCGGUCUCACUCCAGAUGCACUUUUGGGAGCAGCAGCGUGGGACAACCCAGAGGACAUGCAGUGGCCGGGCGUCUAGGACAUUGGCUAACUGGUGGGCGGCAGGGGGACGCCCAGGGAGGGGCAGUGUGGCUCUCUGGGUCUAACGAAUAAAACCCUCCACAGCCUGGA